AUGGUCAACCCCACCGUGUUCUUUGACAUUGCCGUUGACGGUGAGCCCUUGGGCUGCGUCUCCUUCAAGCUGUUUGCAGACAAGUUCCCAAGGACAGCAGAAAAUUUUCAUGCUCUGAGCACUGGAGAGAAAGGAUUUGGUUAUAAGGGUUCCUGCUUUCACAGAAUUAUUCCAGGGUUUAUAUGUCAGGGUGGUGACUUCACACGCCAUAAUGGCACUGGUGGCAAGUCCAUCUAUGGGGAGAAAUUUGAAGAUGAGAACGUCAUCCUAAAGCAUACAGGUCCUGACAUCUUGUCCAUGGCAAAUGCUGGACCCGACACAAAUGGUUCCCAGUUUUUCAUCUGCACUGCCAAGACUGAGUGGUUGGAUGACCUCAGGUGGAUCACUUGA